AUGCAGCAUGCUGAAUCUAGUUCUGUUGGAACAGCUGGUGGAUUGAUGUGUUUGUGGAGGGAGAGUUCUUUGCAGGUUCUGACAAUGGCUAUAGAAACUUGGUUUAUCUUGCUGACUGUGAAGUUGCCUAAUAUUGAUCAUACAGUGCUGAUUGGAAAUGUCUAUGGCCCUCAUUCUGCGACGGACCGUCGUGUUCUUGACGUGGGCGACUCAUCCUUUCAGCAGUUUGUACAAGACAACAAUUUACUGGAUUUGCCACUGAACAAUGGCGACUACACUUGGUUCUCUAGUCGGAAUCAGGGGAUUUGGAGUCGUUUGGAUCGCUGGUUGGUAUCUGAUGAGGUCCUGGUAACGUUUUCUAAUAUGUCUCAAUCUGUUUUACCAUGGAAUGUAUCUGAUCAUAGGGCGGUGGGGUUGUUUUUUGGGGUGUCAGAUUCGGGACCUAAGCCUUUUUAUUAUUUCAAUCACUGGGCAGAUGAGGAGGGAUUUAACGAAUUAGUAGAGUCUUGGUGGAGGUCUGCUGUGUUUCAAGGGUGGUCGGGUUAUGUGUUGCAACAAAAGCUGAGAGGGUUGAGAGGAAAAAUUAGAGAGUGGCGUAGAAAGAAGGGUGCUUGGGGUGUAGAAAAAAUUGCAAAUUUAGAGAAGAGGCUACAUGAGGUGAUGGGUGAGUUAGAAGUUGAAGGGGGUUCAGAGGUGCUAAAUAAGGAGAGAAGGGUGGUUUUAGAGGCUUUGUGGAGGGCAUAUCGUGAGGAGGAAAGAAUAUGGUUACAAAAGUCAAGGGUGCGGUGGUUAAAGGAGGGGGAUAGAAAUACAAAGUAUUUCCACCGGGGUGGUCCUAGGCCGUGGUUCUCCAAUAUAAAAUUAAACAAGGUGUCAGUUGCAGAGAAGCACUUUUUGGAAGCAGAAUUUACAGUAGAGGAAAUAUGGGAUGUGGUGAAAAUUUUUGAUGGGCGGCUGGUGAGGGGUUUAAAUUCUACUUUUAUAGCUCUUAUUCCUAAAGAAGGUCAGCAAGAGGAAAUUUCAGACUACAGGCCAAUCAGCUUAAUUGGAAGUGUCUAUAAAUUGUUGUCAAAAGUCCUCUCUGUGCGUCUGAGUUCGGUGCUGCCAGGUUUACUAAGUCAGAAUCAGUUUGCUUUCACAGCUGGUCGCCAGAUUGCAGACUGCUCUUUAAUUGCUAAUGAAGUUGUUCACACCAUGGCUUCAAGGCCAGAAGGAGGUCUGUUAUAUAAAAUUGAUUAUGCAAAAGCUUAUGAUAAUGUUGAUUGGGAUUUUAUGUUGGAGCUUCUGCAGGAAAUGGGUUUUGGGGAAAAAUGGAUUAGCUGGAUCCAGGUUUGUGUUUCAACAGCUUCUUUGGCGGUCCUCGUUAAUGGCUCGCCUUCUGACUUUUUCAACAUUCAAAAGGGACUGCGUCAGGGUGACCCCCUUUCACCUUUACUAUUUAAUAUUGUGGCUAAUGGGAUGUCUUGUAUGCUUAAUCAGUUAUUAGAAGGAGAUGCACCAUGUGGGGUGGAAUUGGCACUGGGGUUUCGCAUAAAUCAUUUACAGUUUGCAUAUGACUCUUUGCUGUUUUCUGAUUGUGAUGAAUUUCAGUUCCAGACUUUGGCCAUGGCAAUUGAAGCUUACUUGUACAGUUCAGGUUUGAAAGUAAAUUUUAAUAAAUCAGCGGUGUAUGGGGUAAAUGCUCCUCCUUCUUUGAUACAACAAGCUGAAACUUGGUGGAAUUUUAAAAUAUGCUCUUUACCUUUCAUUUAUCUCGGGUCCCCAUUGGGCGGUAAUCCUAGACACUUGUCUUUAUGGAAUCCGGUGCUGGAAAAUAUGACUGCGAAAUUGGGCUUAUGGAGUUCUCGCUUUUUGUCUUUAAGUGGGCGGUUAGUGUUAAUAAAGUCUGUUAUGAAUGCUAUUCCUUUGUACUACAUGGCUCUUUAUAAAGCUCCAAAGGGGGUAAUUCAGCGACUAGAGAGGAUUAUGCGUCGUUUCUUAUGGGGAGGACCUUCCGGUGAAAAUAAAAUCAUGGAGAGAGAUGCACUUUGGAGGGAGGUGGUUUGUAAAAAAUAUGGUUUACCGCUGCAGCUGAUAUCCUUUAAUGUUGAUCCUGCUGAGGUGAAAAAAUUAUCUAAGCCUUUGGCAGAUGUGUAUGGCGUUUGGCGUGAUAGUGGGCUAGUGGGCAGUGUUUUUAGGGAUGGGUUAGCUUGUCAGAUAGGGAGGGGGAGUGGUGUGUUUUUAUGGCUGGAUCAUUGGGUAGGUGCUGCACCUCUUAGCGUGGCUUUCCCUCGGGUGUUUGCCUUAACAGUAAAUAAAAGGGCAACAGUGGGGGAGUGUGGUAUGGUCGCUGGUCCUCAGUGGGUGUGGAAUAUUGCUUUUGUUCGAGAUUUUCUGGGUUGGGAGAGAGAACAAUAUCAUGAUUUGCAGGCACUUCUUCAGACUUUGGUUCCGAAAUAG